AUGAUCUUUGGCUCGGAGCCUCCGCUGUAUUUGAAGCCCGUUGGCCGGCGCGGCCUGCGGCGGCACGAGGCGGACGUCCUGCAGCACUACCCGGGCUACGUGCAUCCCGUCGUGCAGUUCCCCGAGAGUGAGGGCUACAUCAGCGAGCACCACCGCCUGCACCCGUUCCUCACUCCCGCAGAGGAGUUGCGGCACGAGCGCGAGGUGCAGGUCGAGCGCCGGCAAGGCGUUGUCGCGGCGCGCCGCAAACUCUGCUGCGAGCGCGAGGCCAACUUGAGACAACGGAGGGAGGAGGAGUUUCAGCGGGAGCAGCGCCACAAGGAGCAAAUGGCUGGUCUCUCGAUUCGAAAUGAACCCGGCGACGGGCGUGAUACCGUCACGCAGCAUUGCAGGACAGUGGACGCCCUCCGUCACUGGGAGUACAGGUCUGCGGCAGAAAAGCACAAGUACUUUUUGCGGCAACGGCGCCUAUUUGAAAAAAACCAUUCGCAUGGAUACAACAUUAUAACGGGCGGUGACUUGCCUUCAAUAGUGGUUCCGCCCAUGCCGCCACGAGCACCCGCUGCGGAGACGGCCCAGAUACAAGAUGAGGCCUGA